AUUUACUUAUAUUGGAAUUUAUAAAUUUUUUGUGACUAUGGCGGCAUCUAAUGACGACGAUAGGGCGAGUGGAGAUGGUGCGUCCGAAACGAAAAUUGCACCAACUCCUGAAGAACCCGAACCUCCCAAAGUUCCUGACGUAGAACUCAUCGUUGAUGGUUUUGGCUUCAUGCCCAAAAGCUUGCAAAGACAAGAUAAGCGAACUUCCAAUGUGUUCGAUAAGUCUGCUAAGGCUCUAAAAGAUAUCUUGCUACCAGAACCUGAAGAGGGACGGAGUCCAUGUGCUUCAAGUACUAAUAUUGACAUCGUUAGAAGGUAUACGUGGAAAACGAAAAACAGAAUGACUGUUCAGGUCAUAACAUAUGGAGCGACUUUAACAAGCAUUCAAGUUCCUGAUAGGAAAGGAGUACCGGAUGACGUCGUGGCAGGUUUCGAUACUCUUGAAGAGUAUUUUUCGUCACGGAACCCUUAUUUCGGAAGCACGAUUGGGCGAACCGCUAACAUAAUAUGUGAUGGUACGAUGGUAGUCAGGCCAUCUGGAAGAAUUUAUAUGUUAUCUACCAAUAAGGGACAUCACCACUAUCACGGCGGUUACAUUGGAUUUGAUAAGGUAAACUGGCGUUCGUAUGUGACCGGAAACAAAGUGAUAAUGAGCCACGUAUCGGAGCGGUUUACGGAAGGCUAUCCCGGCACGGUACUUGCUCAGAUCGCCUUUGAAGUCACCUGCGAUAACACUAUUAAAAUUGAGAUGAGAUGCACCACUAGCGAGCCAACUAUCGUCAAUUUGAGCAACUGUCCGUAUUUUAAUCUCGCUGGACAUCACGCUGGAUGUGAAGCGAUAUAUGAUCACAUGUUCACCAUAAACGCCGACAAGUACACAGUUACAACUGAAAGCGGUGUAGUUACAGGUGAAAAGAAAGUCGUAGGUGGUACACCAUAUGACUUCAGGGUGCCAAGACUUCUUCGAACUAUGUUACCUAGGGUCCCGAUGGGAGGAUACGAACUUAACUUCUGUAUUACUCAGGGUACUGAGCAAGAUUUAACGUUCCACGGUCGGGCAUUGCACCCAUGCACCGGCAGGGUGCUAGAAGUAUACAGCAACCAGCCCGGCAUGGAAUUUUACACCGGCAACUUACUCCCCGACCCGGAUAAGAUCGUGGAGCCGCUGCCGACUGAUGCUGAGGAGGAAAACGAGGUGAAAUCCCAAUCCGAGGUGGCAGGGGAGGAAGGCAGUGAAACCUCGAAAAGCGAAAUAAGUGAAAAUGGUGAAGAAGCGCUAGCGGAAGGAAGCGAGGGCAAGGUGAGCUACGGUUACGUGCCUCUUAUGGGCAAGGAUGGGACGUUCUAUAAAAAGCAUGGGCUAUUCUGCUUCAUGCCCCAAAAUUUCCCUGAUGCUGUAAACCACAAAAACUUCCCCAGCCCUAUCUUGAAUCCAGGUGAAGUCUACGUCCACAGGAUUCAAUAUAAAUUCGGCCUCCUCAUCGGCAAAUAUGUUUAAAUUUGCGUAACCGUCUCGUGUUCAAAUUACUGAUAUCAUGCCGCGGGAAGGAAUGAUGCUCCACCAAAUGAAGGCUCCCUUUCCAGCAACAGUAGCAGCGACAGUGAAAGGAGUCUGUGGAGUAUGUUACAUUCAGGGCUCCUAACUACAAAAGGAAGUAUGACCUAA